AUGCGCCGCUCGAUGCCAGCGCGCGGGCACGCGACCGCACCCACCUUUGACUCUAGCGAGCCGCGGAACCUCCGCCGGUUCUUCCAGGACCUCGAGACGCUUUUCGAGAUCACGGGCGUAACGGACCCGAAGCAGCAGAAGAAAUGGGUCACGCGGUACGUGCCGAUCAAGGAGUCGGAGUUCUACGAGGAGAUGGCGGAAUUCAAGGAUGAGACGAAGUCCUUCGAGGAGUUCCGCUCCGCAAUCUACGCAGCGCACCCUGGGGCCAGCGAAACGCGGAAGUUCUCUAACGCGGAAGUUGACCAGUUGGUGGAGAGCCGUAGUAGGGCGCCGAUCACAACCAGCAGCGAGCUUGGCGAGUUCUAUAGGCCGUUCUAUGCGAUGACGUCCUACCUGAUCCAGCAAAACAAGAUGUCCGCGUUCGAACAGUCAAGACUGUUCGUACGAGGACUCUGCAAUCCGCUCCGCGACCAGGUCUCACAGCGACUGCAACUCAAGGACCCUGACCACCACCUGGACGAGGCCUACGAGCUGGCCAAAGUCUACGAAGCGGCGAAGUUCAUUCUGCACGGAACGACGGCCGCGUCGUAUCAAGUGACGCCAGCCGUUCCUCAGACCGCGGUGCCCGCGGAAAAUACGAGCAUUAAGGUGGAGGACCUCGCACCGCUCUUUCGCCUCCUCGCGCAAGGUGGCAACAACGCAAACGCCGCCGCGACUGCGAACCGCUUUCUAGGGCCCCCGAACGCCGGUGCACGCCCCGCGCCUAACUAUCAAGGCAUGAUGCAAGGGGCACAAGGCUUUCAGCAGGGAGGGAACGGUUUCGCGACGAACGCGCUGCCCAACGGCUUCUGUCACUUCUGCGGGGACGCGAACCACAUGCUGCGGAACUGCCCAGCUGCGGAAACCGAUAUCUGCGAAGGGAAGUGUUCGCGAAACCCAGAAGGUCUAAUUGUGCUUCCCACUGGCCAAUUCCUUCCGCGGCAGCUCCCUGGAUUCGAUGGUUUGACUAUGCGCGAUCGGCUCUAUGAAUGGCAUCGGCGAGAGCGUGUUCGCCAAGGCCAGAACCCCGCGCCGGCGGCACCGGCGGCCCAAAUGGUGUUUGCGAUCGCGGAGGACGUGGAACCGUGGGCUAGCAGCUUCCAGUUCACAGCGGAGGAUCGUAUCCAGCAGUUGGAGCACGAGCUCUACAUGCUCAAGAGGGGGAAGGAACGCUUUGACGGUGUGGAGAUACCCCCGUUCCAGAAACCACGUUCGCGGCCAGUUUCGCGGCCCGCGUCGCCUGGCCCACAGACCCGCGAACGCUCCGCGGACGCGCAGAACCAGGUGCCCGAGCAGCCGCGACCGCAGGAGCGCCCAGGGACCCCGUACCGCGCACCGGCGGAUCAAGGUGUGCCACUGCUACCGGAGCACCCCUUCGCGAAAGCGCGCGAUGCGACUUACGCGCCUCCGAAUGUGCGCAACUUUGGGGCGCCACCUGCGAAACCGAAGGAACAAGAGCGCGACGGUGCCUUUCGCACCAUCGCACCGGUCUAUCAACCCGGGCUCGCUGCCGCAGUCUUUGAGCGUAUGAUGAAGACUCCCGUGAUCAACGUCUCGACGGAGGAGCUGCUCUCGCUGGCGCCGGAGGUCCGCGCGAAGUUCCGCGAAGCGGUCACCCCACGACGAGUCCCACCCACGGGGCAGCGAACUGUCGCGUUCGCCAGCGUUGGAGGGGCUCAGGGAGCGGUCGAAACGGAGCAGGAGGAACUCUCGUGUUUUGGGACGCCGCUAGAGCCUGGUGGCUUCGUUCUCCCCGACCUUUAUGACGUCUACCUUCGCGAUGUAGCGCCAUCUGGAGAGAGUCCCCCGCUGAAGAACGCGAAGGAGUCGCACGCAUUGCGGUCGAUCGUCGGCCUCGUCGAUACCAAGGAGUACGUGGAGGCGAUCGUCGACCCUGGCUGUAUGAUCGUCGCGAUGUCAGAGCACGUGUGUCACCACCUCGGACUAUCGUACGACCCCACAAUACGGCUGAACAUGCAGUCCGCGAACGGGGAGGUCGAGAAAUCGCUCGGACUGGUGCGGAACAUGCCGUUCAAGGUCUCGACGAUUGUCCUUUACCUGCAGGUCCACGUCGUUCGCAAUGCGGCAUACGACAUGCUGCUUGGAAGGCCCUUCGACGUUCUAACCAAGAGCGUCAUCAAGAACUUUGACAACGAAGACCAGACCAUCACUAUCGAAUGCCCCAACACCGGACAAAUUGCGACGAUCCCCACCAUUCCGCGGGGACGUGCUCGUUUUCGAGCCCGUCCUAACCCCGAGCCUGUCCGACCCGAGCCUACCAUUUGA